GCCGAGCACAGCAGCCCGAGCUGGCUUAAAAGCAUGUCCUGGCCGUAUGAGGAGCUCAGUCUAGUGCUGAAUCCACCACCGCCAGGACACGCGACACCCACAGCCGGACAGUGCGAACCUGACGUUGACAGUGCUUUGUGCCGAGUAAAGAAGCAACAAACUAAUUAGACCAUACCCGACCGCUGCCCCGCGCCGUCAUAAUUUGUGCAACUAAAACUAGGGCCAAGACCAGUGCCCCACCAACCAGCAAUCAGCAACCGUGAAAAAACCUUAAAGCAAACACAAAGCAACGUGAGAUAACCAUAAACACAACCCAAAGAGAAAAGAAAACGACCAGAGAAAGCGAGCAAACAGAAUAGAGCCAAACAAAACAGUGCAAAUCGUCUCCCCGACGACAGCCGGAACAGGAUCAAGUCCUAGACAACUUAUCACAGAGGAUUUACGGACAGACAGAGCAAGAACACGGAGUGUACACUCCGGCAAGGCAGAGCUAAUCAACGGCCACAGACGAAGCAGAGGCCACUCCCACUGUGUCUCCCACUCAGCCUCCCGCCAGGAGAGGGAGCAGCAGGAGCAGCAGGAGCAAGAGCAGCGGCCGCCUCAUUUGGCCACUGCGGAUUAUGUUAAUUAGAUUUUAUACACGCGAGGACAACGACGACAACGACGACAGGGGAGCACUUCCCAGUGUAAUGUGACAACAGCUGGCCAUAACAAAGAGCAGGAUAACAACAACAACAACAACAGCAAGGGGGACUGGAACAACUGGACGUCAGAGGAGAAGCAAUGCUCGCUUUUUAAUUGACAUUUGCUCGAGUAGAGUUGCGUUUUGUUCAACAGCAAUUAGCUGGCCAAGCAAAACUUACCCGAAUCAGGGAAAAAAUACAACAAAAAGAACCAGAAAAAGAGAGGGAAAAUAACAAAAGAGAGCAAUUAAAAUUGUAAAACAAUUGCAGAACGCUGAAUUGAAAGGAGAACAGCAACAACAAACGACGGCCACGGCCAAAAUAGAAUGAUCAAGUUGAUUUAAUUAAAAAUUCAACAUUUCACCCGGCGCCCCCCGGCAAUGAAAUUUUAACAAGAACGUCGAGCAAUGGCCGCUGGAACGGAAACGCAGCCAUUGCCAUUGGCAGUGCCCUCAGGCUCCGGUUCAGACUCCGGCUCAGGUCGAGGCUCCGGCACCUGCUGUUGACAGUUGUCACAUGCUCGGCCAAAGGCGCGCACGUGACGCCCCCAGCAAGUGAAUGAAUGAAUGAAUGAAUGGCUGAAUAAGGAAAUGAAUGACCCAGCACCCAUCCGGGGCCGAUCCGAAACCAGAACCAGAACCAGAACAAGAGUCAGCCAUAUUCAAAAUUGAACGUUAAACGCUUGCACGUACAAAGCAUAAAUUCCAAGUGAAAUAAAGGCCAUUUGCCAUCAGGAAAAAGAGUCUACCGUAAUAGCCGAAUACGGAAAACGGAAAGAAGCAAAAUGGUGAAAAUCGUGGUAUUCAAGCCACCCCUCCGUGAUGUGGGCCUGGGCCUGGGCAUGGCCCUGCUUCUGGCCUGGUCAUCACUGCUAACAAGGGUUGUGUGCGCCCACAGUGCGGAGGCCUCGUCUCGGGCUGCCGCCGACAGGGAGGAGCAGCAAUUAUCGCUCCAGCCCCUCGGCCUUAGUUACCAGAGCAUCCACCGCAUGCUGCGCGACGAGAACGAGCCGACCAGCUUCAGGGGGGAGCUGCGGUACCAGCAGAAGCGCUUCAUCCAGACGAGGCAGAAACGGGAGCUGAACGCUCCCGCUAACCGGCUGAACCUCACCAACCGCGGUCUGCGGGAGUACAACAGCAGCAGUGGCCAGUGGAAGGGAGACCUCCAGGUGAUCACGUCCAUUGACCUGAGCAACAACCGCCUGAGCCGCCUCAGUAUCGACCAUUUCCAGCAGCUGCGGCAGCUGGAUGUGAGCAACAAUUCGCUGAGCGGGAUACCUCUGAGCCUGGCGGACACUAGCCCCGCUCUACCGCUAGUGAGCCUCGAUCUCUCCUGCAACCAGUUCAGCCGCCUGUCGUCCAACUUCUUCGCCCAGCGCCUCCCGCAGCUGCGGCACCUCAACCUGGCCCACAACCGGCUGGGAAACGUUUCGCGAGAGACGUUCUACAACCUACUGGAGUUGCAGACGCUCCUGCUCAGCCACAACAGCAUCUCGGACAUUGACUACGAAACGUUCCUGGCUCUGCCCAACCUGCAGCACCUGGACCUGUCGCACAACCGCCUGAGGGGUUCGGCUAUUCGGGCCCUCCAGGGCAUACCCGACUUGGUUAGCCUCUCGAUCGCCCACAACCCGCAGGUCGGGGUUGCCAUGCAGGAGUUUGUGGCUUCCUGGAGUCUCAAGGAGCUGGAUGCCAGCGGCACAGGCCUGUGUCAGGUGCCAGCCGCCCUCGCCCAGUCAGUGCGCACUUUGAAGCUAUCCGACAACUGGUUCCAGGCCAUCAACUGCGGCGAUAUGGACAGCUACCCGUUGCUCCAGUACCUAGACCUGUCGCACUCUCGCAUUGCCCAUGUAGAGGACGAUGCCCUGGGCCGCCUGGAGCUGCUGGAGUUCCUGUUCCUCGAUCACAAUCUACUGACGCGAGUGCCUGGCAGUCUGCCCACCUCGCUGGAGCAUCUAUUUCUGCAGAACAACCAGAUAAUGGAGCUGCCGCCGCAGUCCUUUGCAGGCCUAACAAAUCUGCAGACUCUGGAUGUGUCCGGCAACCGCUUAAUUUUCCUCCCAGCUCUGGCCCUGCCUAAGCUGCUGACGCUGAACCUGCAGUCGUCAGGCGUGGAGAGUGUGAGUCAAUCGAUAGUACACACACUGCCGCAGCUGAGGGACCUGCUGCUGGAGGACAACCCCAUCAUAUGCAGUGAUCUCCUGGGCAUUGCCGAGUGGGCCAGUCCGUGCCGCGCAGUCGAUGUGGGUCAGCCGAGGGGGAAAAUCGAUUUGAAGCAGCAGUAUCUGCAGUUCCACGACUUUUAUGAGAACUUCAGCAGCCAGUGUGGCCGAAGGUUGGUCCUGCAAGGCUCUGAAGAUGACAAAAGCCCACCCACUUGCAGCCUAACGACGAAGGCAGCAGCAACAGCAACCACUACACAGGGAACUAUGCCAAAAGUGAAAGAGUCAAAGGCACAGGGUACAACGGCAGGGACAGAGGCAACGACAAAGCAAUCAGCCGGUAACAACAUUGCUCAGUUAACCACAAAAACUUUGCGGCCAACAGAAACAACUUCGUUAGCGAAAAUUCAGCAGCAGCAGGAGCAGCAGCAGCAGCAGCGGCAGCAACAAAUGCCUGGCAUGCCAACUGAAGCAACAACAUCGCCGAGCCUGCCAACUUUGGCUCAGACAAAGGCAACAACAGCGGUUCCCAUUUUGGCAAUGCCAGCAGCCACUGCCACUGCCACUGGUACACGAGCAACAGCAACAACUGCAAUGAAUUCCGACGAGCAAAUGCUACAGCCACAAACAGCAACCAAACCCAUGGGACUUACAUUGCCAACGAACAUUAGCGAUUCUGCAACAACGGCGGCGGCAACAGCAGCACUAACAACAGCAAUUGAAGUGCCACAAACAAUUUCAGCUUCAGCUUCCCAAAAAUCUGACAAAAUGCCAGCUCAAGAACGAACCGAUGAUAAGGCUGAUGACACAAUAUUAAAAUACUCGGCGAAAGCCAAAGCCGCAGCCACGACAACAACACAAAUGGCUGCAAGCGACACAUCCGGUCAAGCAGCAACCGUGGCGCCACACAAGCACCCAACGCUGCAGCUGCAUAUUAAGGAUCGCCACCUAAUUGGGACGCCCCUGCUCAUGCACAAGGGCGACGUCCUACUGGUGGAUGCCGAGCAGUUGCUUCUUCCCGGCACAGCCACGGUGGCGGAUGCGGACGCGGAACAUCGACGACAGCUGGACGACAGCCAGCAUCAGCGGCGGCAGCAGGAACAGGAAAGCCGGCAGACGUCUUCUGAUAAGCGGCAGCCGGAAGCAAUAAACGGAGACACAAAGUCGCCAACAAAGACCAAGAAGAAGCCAUCGCUGAGCAUCAAAAAGAUGACCUACAGCACCAAGCAUGCCGCCACGAAGAUGCCACCAUUGCCCACAGCUAUGCCGAUGCCAACAACCCCACGGACACAGCACCAGCACAGCAGCGUGAACACGCCCAAGGAUGCAGCGAUGGAAGAGCUGAGUACGUUUGCCCAACUGAAGGCCUACGUGGAGCUGAAGAGCGAGUCCAAGCCGGAGCACUUGCUGGACCAGCGCCUGGAGGGCCAGCAGACCCUGUCGAGCAGCCACCCCGGGGCGAUGCUGUUGCUGGCCUGCGUCUUGGUCGUAGUGUUGCUUGCGGGCCUGGCCCACGUCUACCGCUGUGAGCUUCCCUGGCAGCGGCGCGGACGUCCGGGGCAGAUGCGGCCGCACCAUCAGCGCCAGUUCAACGAGAGCGACGACGCCCACAGCUUCCUGAACUAUCAGGGAUCUACAGGCAGCACAGCAGAUCCUGCACGGCUCCAGAAAUGGCACCACAGCACCCGCCGCGAGGCGCCCUACAGUUCGCCGCUGCACAAUCUACAGGCCCGCGAGCUGCAGAGGCAGCAGGACAGGCUGCAGCGAUGCCAGCAGUUUUAUAGUGCUUCACUGGCCAGCAGCGCCUCGUCGGGCAGCAGUCGCAGCAGCCUGCAGUCGCCUUGCCACGAGGACAGCUACUCCAUCGAGAUGGCCCCCAGCAGUCCACCCGCUGUCCUGGGCCUUGACGGCGCCGUUCCCAGCCUGCCCAUGGAGCUGCUCAGCAGUAGGAAUUCCCGCCGGGACGCAGGAGCAGACAGAGUGGCAGCCACCGACCUGGGUGGAGAAACAUUGCCGGUCAUUAAAUCAGUGAGCAGCAGGCUGAUGGCCCCCAGCUCACGGCGUCUGGGUAUCUGGUGACAAACCGUCUUCGGACAGCGGCAGUACGCGCCCUUCCAGUAGAGCAAGUCAAGCGAGUAGAGAGUAAGGUCCUCCCAGUCGGCCCCGGACCCGGCCCCCCUUUCCCCGGAAACUGUCAACUGCCAACUGUGCAAAAUGAGUCAUAAAGUUGAGAGGCUCCCAGGCGCCACAGACACGGUUCGGUUCUCAGUUCCGCAAACGACAGAAUUUCUUUAGAACUAUCUUUUCCAAUAUUAAGUUUUGCCUUACGAGCACUAGUAUAUUUACUGUCGGUGCGACAAUCAAAAUUAGCAACUGGUUGAGAGAGAGCAAAAGCUCCAGAUCAGCUUUCUAAAAAAUCCUCGAAACGGGAACUGAGAACAUGACUGCCAAUACAUACGUUACAUCGAGUUUGCCUCACUUGAUUUAUGAUGCUUCGCCGCCCACACGUUGCAGGCCUCUUAGCGUUUAAGCUAGCAGCAACAAUUUGUCAUAAAUUUCUGUUACGUAUACGCCGCGUGCGACCGAACAACAGUAGCAGAAGCCUGUUCGCUAGACAGGCAGCCAAAUAGCCCACGCGGGCAGAGUUUUUAUGAGCCAUUCGCUAGGGCAGGACAGACCGGACUGGACUGGACUGGGCCAGCCGAAUCCCCUGCCAAUUUGAUGUCCAUCUUGUGGUCGUAUUUAGGUCAGUUUUCUUGCGGCCAGCGCCGUGUGUGGGCCAGUUAACUUUAUAUAAGUGCUUGUCCGUUGGCCACGAUUAAGUGUUGUGAUAGUCAUGCAUAUAAAAAUGAAAUAUCGAUCAAGUAUUAAAUAACAGUUUAGUUUAUGACAGGCUCAAUUUCGCCUGUUCGAGGCCAGAAACCAAAAGAUCUGGCAGCAGAUGCUGACCAUGCAAUUGGCGGAUACUAUUUCGGAUGAAAUUGGUUGGCACUUGAAUCCCUAAGUGAAAAAGACGGACGGACCACUCUGCACAUUCCGCUUUCGGCACCCCUUUCUUUGAGCCUCUUCUAACACAUUCAAGCGUCUAUUUAAGCCAUCCUGUCUCUAUCCUGGGCGAUGCUUGACUACCUCUUAACCUACAUUCCAGGCUGCUUGAGAUUCCAGAGUUUAAAUUGCAAUCUAAUUAAAGUUUUGCCUCUGUCCUUUCGACAAUUUCUUAGGGAAUCCGAGUCAGCAGUCUCCCCCACUGCUGGACACACAGCAACCCCUCAAUGGCCAAGUGUUGCCAUCCGGCAUUCUUCACCCCAUUUCAAGAUGCUGCCAUCCCCAGCAACCACCACAACAAUCAGCCCAUCAGCCCUCACUUAACCUCAUUUUACAAAUUGACCAACACAACAUAUGGUGUAAAUCCAGCGCAAUGGCCAGACAUCUAAUCCGCCACGCCAAAAGUGAAAUGUUGUAAAACUAUUUGAGGAUAUACGUAGAUCUAUCCAACGGACAUACAAAUAAUGCGCCAGCAAAUCAAAUUACCAGACACGCGGCCCGCUACCCCCCCAGCCACUCGGAUAGAUACGAGUGUAGGGGAGGAAAAUUGGGCAAGGGACAGGCCGUAGACAGUCGUACAAACAGAGAACACAACAAUUACAUUAAGACACGAUAAAAAGUUGUGCAACAAUCUUGCGCCCCACAAACACUCGACCCCCAACCACUGAACCGAACUGAAGCGAACUGUGCUGAAGAGAACGCACUGGAGGAAGAGGACCACAAUCAUUGCACAGCUUUUUCAACUUUUUGUGGCUUUGUAAUUGGAAUACGAAUACGGAUACGUAUACGAAUACAAGAAGAAGGCGCGUGCACACGAGCGGCGACAGCAACAGGAAGUGGCCGAAAGUGGAGCAGAGAUAGAUAUGGGAUACAGUAGAUAGACGGUACAACAAGGCGUUCGAGCACACUCCUUGGGCAAUUCUGAAGGAUUUAUUCUCGGCCACAAGCGAGAUUCCCCACUAAGCGCUCCCAACAACAAUUAAAGUAAUGCUGGCCAACACAACCUACGCCCGAUUUGGGUGGGAUUAUAUGGCAGGGAGACGGACGGCAGGGAGUCGAGGGUCGCUCCGAGUUGAGUCCGAAGGCAGGACGCACAAAAUCUUAAUUAAGGAACUUCCAAGUGGGCAAGUGUCAGGCAGCAGGCAGCAGGCAGCAGGAGGCAUUUUUUCUUCUACUUUUUUUUUAGCAGUUUAAGGAAACCUUUUUAUUUUCGACUUGCCAACACAGCACAAAAUUCGCCCACAAAAGAAACAGUAAGCCGGACAGGGACAGACAGUGGGAUCGGAAGUGGGAGGACGACCUACAAUGGACAGACCCAAAGUCCGGUCCGGUCCAGUCCGGUUCGGUCCUGGAGCAUUGUCAAAUUUAAUGAAGGUUUCCCCUUCCUACUAUUCGCCUUUGAUACAGCGCAGCUGGCCAAGAUUUAGGAAGUUUUCCAGCCACCAAGUGAGAGGACCAACUCAAAUGAGUUAAUUCGAUAUUUGACACUUUGGGAGAGCACAUUCCAGACAAUCUCGGUGUGUGAUGGCACCCAGAUCUCAGAUCACACAUUUCUGGGCCCACACCAUAGACCGACCAGUCGACUUUUGUCUCGUCUCGCCGCGCAGUUAAUAAAGUUGGUCCAGGGCCAGGACGUAAUUAUUUGCCUGCUAAAUGGCUUUUGGACGACAUUUCGGGGCCGUAAAUGGGGGCGAUUUAGAAAAUUAUGUGAAAAUAAGUUGCCUUUUGUUUGUCUAUUGGCCGCUGGCAGUUGGCAGUUUCCAGUUGGCGGUCGCCGGUCGACGGUCGACGUUUGUCGGGCUCAUAAAUAACGGUACAUAAUUGCCCAGAGUCGGAAAAUUGUGGCCGGGCAAAGGCCAAAAACGAUACAAGCACCUCGGCCGGCAGUAUGAUAGCACACAAUAAUUAAACUUAAUUGCGCUGUACAUUGAAAUGUCAAACUGUAAAAUAUAGUUCGUAAUAUUUACUUGUAGCGACGUUUGCGAUACUUAAAUUUCAAUUCUCAAUAUUGCAUGUACAAUUUCCGUAGAAUAUGUAUUUUAAAUUUACAAAAAUACAGAAAAAAACAUAUAUAGAGAGCAAAAACAAAGUAAACCGAAAACCAGGAAACGCAAUUCGAGUAACGUUAAUAUUUGCAUUUAAUUUGUCGGAAAUCAAAGUGAAAUGCGAUAAAAAAAAA